AUGACGACGAGCUUGAUGUACACGUCGGCGACGAAGCAGAGCCGCUUCAUCCACCUUGAAUGCAACGAGCCGCUCUUCCAGACGUCGUACAAGCGGAACAACAAGAGCUCGGGCCACAAGAACCUGCGUUGCUUCCCGCACUGCUGCAAGACACACAAUGCGCAUGGCUACUGCGGCAGCACACUGCUCGUCGAGACGGCCAGUACGCAGGCCGACCUCGUUGUCUACGCCAAGUUUGACCUCGAAGCGUCGCAGUCGCUGCUGGUCGGCGAUGUGGUGCCGCAAGCGACGUUUGAAGCCCCGCCGUCGCCGCCACUGAUAGGCGACACGUGGAUUCGCGCCAACCGGAUAGCCGACCCGUCCUUUGACGGGUACAUUCCCGGCCGCCAGAUCUUUGAGAUCAACUCGAAGCGCAACUCGUGGCACUAUGGCUGGGUCAGCUCCCGCUUCGUCAAGAGCAACGUCCAGCACCAGAUGAAGGUCUUUCUGCUCGCACCGCACUCGAUUGGCCAUCUCGUUGUCGUCGACGUGCUCUCGUCACUGAGCUUCCGCAUCGAGUCGACGCGGACCGGCGCCAAGCAGCUGAAAGCACUCAACCCGGACGCGGCCACAAAAAGACCAAGCCAAAGCGAUCACUGA